CUUUGCUGUGAUUAGCAGUAAUUAAUUUCCCGAGAGCAUCGCUUCAAUGGAUCCCACUCUCGAUUCGCGUCAAAAUCCCAACUGAAGAAGAAAAACCCUAGAAAUUCCAAUUGCAUUCCCCUUCAAACACGGUCAAUUUUGGUCGAAACGCAUACCAAUUCCUUUCAACUGGAGUGUCAGCAACGCCCCAAUUCAACCUCCAUUUCUCCAUAUAUAUAUUUAAUUUCGACAUGUAUGCGUAUUUGUAGCUGAAGGUGGAAUUUUGUGAAGGUUGAUUUGAUACCUCAUAGCUCAAUUUUUUUAUUCGUCGGAGUAAACCCUAGAAAAUGGUCGCCGCCGCGCCGUGCGACCACCGGAGCGCGAAGGAGGUCAUUUUUGACGCCUCCGCCGGUGCUUCUGCAGGGGCAAUUGCAGCUACAUUCGUGUGCCCCUUGGAUGUGAUAAAGACGAGGCUUCAAGUCCAUGGCCUCCCUGAAAUGCAGCCGUCUGGUCGUAAAGGUAGUGUGAUCAUUGUGAGCCUGCAAAAUAUUGUUCGAAACGAAGGUUUGAGGGGACUUUACCGUGGCCUAACGCCAACUUUGACGGCAUUACUUCCAAAUUGGGCUGUAUACUUCACGGUUUAUGGGCAUCUUAAAGAGCUACUACAUACAUAUGAGGGCAGCAACAACAGCGACCAGCUUUCAAUUGGUUCAAACAUGGUAGCUGCCGCAGGAGCUGGUGCUGCAACAUCUAUCGCAACGAAUCCUUUGUGGGUUGUUAAGACCCGACUUCAAACACAAGGAAUGAGGCAAGGUGUAGUUCCUUACAAGAAUAUAUUUUCGGCUUUGAGUCGAAUUGCCCGUGAAGAAGGAUUCCGAGGAUGGUACAGUGGUCUUCUGCCUUCGUUGGCUGGAAUCAGUCACGUAGCUAUUCAGUUCCCUGCGUAUGAAAGAAUGAAAUUCUCCUUAGCUAAACGAGGGAAUAAAAGCGAUAACGAGCUCAACCCCGGGGAACUGGCAAUUGCCUCCUCAUCUUCAAAGGUCGUCGCCUCUCUAUUAACUUAUCCUCACGAGGUUAUUCGUUCGAGGCUGCAAGAGCAAGGUCAAGUGCGGGGCUCUCAGCCAAAGUAUUCCGGUGUCAUUGAUUGCAUCAAGAAAGUUUUCAGACAGGAAGGACUAGCCGGGUUCUAUCGUGGCUGUGGUACAAAUCUCCUACGAACAACUCCAUCCGCUGUGAUUACAUUCACCAGUUACGAGAUGAUACACAGAUUUUUGCUGCAACUAUCGCCUCCAAAGGAGAAGCAGCAUCCGAAACCUCACCCCAAACCCGAUUCUGGAGCCAAUUCUCCAAAGGGAUCGACUAGCUCCGGAGAAGAAGAUGAUUCAGACCUAUCUGUAAACCCAUCUAAAGAAAGAACUAUUAUUCCUUUGGAUAAUACAGAUCAUAAGCUCACUGCUAGGCAUUAGCUCACCUAUUUUGUUUUACCAAAAGCUGAAUUUUCACCUUCAAUUUUGUUGUCAAUAAAAAGCAAACUGCAAGUUUCUGUUUGUUGUAUGUAUACCAUUGUUGGAUGUAUUAGACAUAUUGGUUUUGUCUUGUAAUGUUUCAGAAAUCCCAAGUGAGUUUUUAUUGAUC